AUGACAGCUUGCAAAUUGAGUAAGCAAGCUAGGUUGCACCGAAAUUUAGUGAAAGGCUUCCUGCGGAAUGCACGUUAUAUGCUGGCGGAGAAUGGAGAAGCUCACGUGACCCACAAGACUGCCCAUCCAUUUGAUAGGUGGGAGAUUGAGAAGCUAGCAGAGGAUGUUGGUAUGUACUUGAUUGAAAAGUCCCCUUUCUUUUCAUGGGACUAUCUAGGAUACAGUAAUAAGAGAGGAGAUGGGGUCAGCGCGGAUGAUAGUUUUCCUGUUGGAGCUUGCAGUACUUUUAAAUUUGGUAGGAUUUACCUUAGGAGAACGAGAGCCAUGGUUUUUGACACUCUUGUCCUGUUUUCUGGUUUUGGUGGUUAG